AUGAGCGGCAGCGAGGGUAGCUCAGGGAAAUCGGCGGUGAGCGGUGCUGGAGGGGAAGGAACUCCGCCAUCCGUGGCGGAUAAGGAGAAGAAGAAGGAGAAGGCGCGGGUGAGCCGGACUUCUCUAAUCCUGUGGCACGCGCACCAGAAUGAUGCCGCGGCAGUGAGAAAGCUCCUUGAAGAGGAUCGAUCUCUGGUACAAGCCAGAGACUAUGACAGCCGUACUCCGCUUCAUGUGGCGGCGCUCCACGGCUGGAUCGACGUCGCCAACUGCCUCCUUGAGUAUGAUGCUGACGUCAACGCUCAAGAUCGCUGGAAAAACACCCCUCUAGCUGAUGCUGAAGGAGCAAAAAGACAUGGAAUGAUUGAGUUAUUAAAGUCAUAUGGUGGGCUAUCUUAUGGGCAGAAUGGAAGCCAUUUUGAACCGAGGCCUGUUCCACCCCCUCUUCCAAAUAAGUGUGACUGGGAGAUUGAUCCCGGUGAACUGGACUUCUCAAGCUCAACAAUCAUAGGGAAGGGCUCUUUUGGGGAGAUAAUAAAAGCUAGUUGGAGGGGAACACCUGUAGCUGUCAAACGAAUUCUUCCAAACCUCUCAGAUGAUAGAUUGGUGAUUCAGGACUUCAGACAUGAGGUGAAUUUGCUAGUUAAACUUCGCCAUCCAAAUAUAGUCCAGUUUCUUGGAGCGGUCACAGAAAGGAAGCCCUUAAUGCUAAUUACAGAGUAUUUAAGGGGUGGGGAUCUACAUCAACACCUAAAGGAAAAGGGGGCACUCAAUCCAUCAACAGCGAUCAGUUUCGCAUUAGAUAUUGCCAGAGGCAUGGCUUAUCUUCACAGCGAGCCAAAUGUUAUAAUACACAGAGAUCUAAAACCAAGGAAUGUUCUUCUUGUCAACUCGAGUGCAGACCAUUUGAAAGUUGGAGACUUUGGAUUGAGCAAGCUUAUUAGGGUGCAAAAUUCUCACGAUGUGUACAAAAUGACUGGUGAAACUGGAAGCUACCGGUAUAUGGCUCCUGAAGUCUUCAAGCACCGAAAAUAUGACAAGAAAGUCGACAUGCUUGAAGGUGAACCGCCACUGGCACAUUACGAACCAUAUGAAGCCGCUAGAUAUGUUGCAGAGGGACACAGGCCAGGUUUUAGGGCAAAAGGUUUUAUACCGGAUUUGAGAGAGUUAACUGAGAGGUGCUGGGCAGCGGAUAUGAAUGUGAGACCUUCUUUCUUGGAGAUAUUGAAGAGGCUCGAAAAGAUAAAGGAUAUGUUACCAUCCGAUCAUCACUGGAGCAUCUUAAAGGUAUGA